UCGGGAAUUUUAUUCUGACGCACCGUCACAAGAAUGACCGGUGUUUGGGUACUCCAAUGCGACCAUUGUGUGGCUUGACAUCAUGAGGAUAACAUUGGUAGCUGUGAGCAGCAUAGUCUCCCAUCAUGUUGCCAGGGGCAGUACGUCACUUGGUCCCUCUGUGGCUCUCUGCUUUGACUGCUGGCUGGUUACAGUGUGAGGCAGGGCCAGGGAGAUGGCUGCUGGGACAGGUCUUGAGGAGAGCCUACACCUCCACAAGAGCAAGGCAGGCUGCAGCAGGGGACAGUGCCCUUGUGUUUUCCAGAGCCCGAGUGUAUGGGGACAAGCUGGCCAUGGUGGACGACAGUGGGAGCCACAGCUACAGGGUGUUGUAUGGUAGUAGUAGGGGCCUGGCUGUGCGUAUCAAGGCAGUUCUGGACUGUCCCUCUGGGGACCUGCAGGGAAAGUGCAUCUCCUUCCUGUGUGCCAACGAUGCCUUGUACACGGUAGCCCAGUGGGCGUCCAUCUGCCCCCACCUACAGCCUCAGCUGUCUUCUGGAAGCCCCAGAGACCCAGCCUGAGCCUGGCAUCACAGACUGGGCCCAGCGUCCUGCCAUGAUCAUUUACACCAGCGGCACCACAGGCAGGCCCAAAGGGGUUCUCCACACUCACAGCAACAUCCAGGCCAUGGUUCAGGUUCUAGUGUCAGAGUGGGGCUGGUCCAGAGAUGAUGUCAUCCUUCACACCUUUCCCCUGCACCACAUCUAUGGCAUCGUCAACAAGCUGCUCUGACCUCUCUGGGUGGGUGCCACCACCGUCAUGCUGCCUACCUUCCAGCCUCAGAAGGCCGAUGGUGUCUGGCUCUUCUGCCCUUCCUCAGCCCACCCUGCUACGCUGGGAGGAGAUCACAGGACACACCCUGUUGGAGCGCUACGGCAUGACAGAGAUAGGCAUGGCCCUGUCCAACCCCCUGGAGGGUCCUCGUAUCCCAGGUGCAGUCGGUGUCCCUCUUCCAGGAGUGGAGGUUUGCAUCGUCAUGACGAAAGCAGCCAGCACCACCGUCGCCGAGGGCAACAGCAGAGAAACUCAGGUGCGUUGGAGGGGGAGCUGAUGGUGCGAGGAGACCAGGUCUUCACAGAGUACUGGAACAAACCAGAGGCCACCAGGGAGUCUUUCACUGAGGAGGACUGGUUCAAAACAGGGGACACGGUGGUCUAUACGGAUGGAGUGUACUGGAUCAUGGGCCGCACCUCUGUGGACAUCAUAAAGAGUGGAGGCUAUAGGAUCAGUGCUCUGGAGGUGCAGCGACCCCUGCUAGCCCACCCUGAUACCACAGAUGUGGCUGUGAUUGGUGCUCGGGACGCCACCUGGGAACAGAAGGUGACAGCGGUGGUGCAGCUGAAGAGAGGGCGGAGCAUGACCCUGUCAGAGCUGAAGACCUGGGACAGGUUACAGGCAAAACAAAGGACAUUAUUGUCACACUAGUUUUAUAGCGCCAUGAAGCAGCAUUAGUAAAAAAAAAAUUACAUUUACAUUUACAUUUAAGUCAUUUAGCAGAUGCUCUUAUCCAGAGCGACUUACAAAUUGGUGCAUUCACCUUAUAACAUCCAGUGGAACAGCCACUUUACAAUAGUGCAUCUAAAUCUUUUAAGGGGGGGGGGGUGAGAAGGAUUACUUUAUCCUAUCCUAGGUAUUCCUUAAAGAGGUGGGGUUUCAGGUGUCUCCGGAAGGUGGUGAUUGACUCUGCUGUCCUGGCGUCGUGAGGGAGUUUGUUCCACCAUUGGGGAGCCAGAGCAGCGAACAGUUUUGACUGGGCUGAGCGGGAACUGUACUUCCUCAGUGGUAGGGAGGCGAGCAGGCCAGAGGUGGAUGAACGCAGUGCCCUUGUUUGGGUGUAGGGCCUGAUCAGAGCCUGGAGGUACUGAGGUGCCGUUCCCCUCACAGCUCCGUAGGCAAGCACCGUGGUCUUGUAGCGGAUGCGAGCUUCAACUGGAAGCCAGUGGAGAGAGCGGAGGAGCGGGGUGACGUGAGAUGUGGGGUGACUUGAUGUUAGUUGAGAACGACAGGGUGUUGUCCAGGAUCACGCCAAGGUUCUUAGCGCUCUGAGAGGAGGACACAAUGGAGUUGUCAACCGUGAUGGCGAGAUCAUGGAACGGGCAGUCCUUCCCCGGGAGGAAGAGCAGCUCCGUCUUGCCGAGGUUCAGCUUGAGGUGGUGAUCCGUCAUCCACACUGAUAUGUCUGCCAGACAUGCAGAGAUGCGAUUCGCCACCUGGUCAUCAGAAGGGGGAAAGGAGAAGAUUAAUUGUGUGUCGUCUGCAUAGCAAUGAUAGGAGAGACCAUGUGAGGU